CGUCAUUCACAACAGUCCGUAUCACUUUACGGCACUGUUGACAGCGCUUUCCUUUUCUGGAUGUGUUCGCUGUUUGUGACGUUUUAAGUUUGUGUAAUUGACAUUUUCUUCAGGCUGUCAUGAAAUGAGUAUUUUUGAGUUAUUUCGUGGAUUCUUCGGGGUACCUGGAGGCCGAAGGGACCCUUUCUUUGAAUCCAUGACUCGUGAUGAAGAGGAGGAGGAUGACGAUGGAUUUUACUAUGAUGGAUUCCAAGGAGAUCAACAGGACCCGUUUGAUGGUACAUGGAGGUUUGGCUUUAGUUUUGGCCCUGACGGGAUGAGGUUCCAGGAACCUGCAGCGUUUGGAGAGAUCCUCAGGGAGAUGGAGGAGAUCUUUUCCCACAUGGACCAGUGGAAGGGAAGCUUCGAUUCCCAAGAGUUUGGUGUUCCCAGGUUCCUGCCACCACUGGCGGAGGAUGGAGGAAGAAGUGGUGGUAAGCAUUCUAAAAGGAAUCCCCUGAGAGAUUUUAUGUUGAAAUCCCCAGACAGUCGCCAACAGAGCCCUCAGAGAGAGCCGGCUGCAGAGCACAGAAAUAAUCAAGAUUCUUCUUUCAUAUCACCAGGAUUUCACCCAACGCCAUUUUCAAAGUUUAAUGGUAUUUGGAGAUCAGGGCCACAGACAGCAUCUGAAGAAGAACGCAGAGAAGACAGAGAUCUAGAUUCUGCUGUGUCCUCUGGAGGCCUGGAUCAGAUAUUGAUUCCACCUUCUGCCAAACCACCAAUCCAGCCAAGAACCAGCUCCUUCUUCCAAUCAGUCACUGUCACCAAGGUGGUGAAACCUGAUGGGACCGUAGAGGAGAGGCGAACAGUUAGAGAUGGCCACGGCAACGAGGAGACCACAGUGACCCGAUCAGGAGGUCCUGGAAAUCCGGACGGUCCUGAGGACCACGGGACACCCGUCAUACAAGGUGGACAGCGCCCCUUUUCUGACAUGCGGAAUGAAGAAUCAUUACUGAAUAAAUUUUUUAGAGGGCUUAAAUAAACUAUGAUGUGAAUUA